GAAAAUUGAGACGUAAAAUAUACAAACCAAACUCUUGAACUGCUUUCAGUAUUGAGUUGAAUUUCAAAGAAUAUAAAAGCAGCGACGAUCUUAAAGAACUUGCAGUCAAAAUUUAACCAAUUAAUUCCAAAGGAUCGAUCGAACAUGAAAUCAUUAUUACUUGUUUUCGCGGUGUUUAGUGAAUUUUCACAAGGCAAGGUGCUGAGCAAUACGGUGCAAAGUAUUGCGCGCAAUAUAUUUGCUGCCGAUUUUUAUAACGCUGUUGCAAGCGACAAAUGGACUGAGAAUGUUGUUGUCGCCCCGGCCGCAGUGCAGACUUCAAUGGCUUUAGCUUAUUAUGGUGCCAAAGGGAAGACAGCAACCGAAAUAGAAACUGGUUUACGUUUAGGUUCCAAUAAUGCCGAAGAUGUGGCUCAACGCUUUGGCGAAUUCCAGCAAAGUUUUACGCGUGACAAUUACAUACGUUUAUCGAAUCAUGUCUAUAUCAAUGAAAAUCUCGAAUUUAAGGGUAAAUUUAGAGACAUCGCUCAACGGAACUUCGAUUCCAAUAUUGAGAAGGCCGAUUUUCAUCCGCCAUAUAAUAAACGCACUGCGGAACGUAUAAGUAAGGUUGUGGAAACGAAAACCAAUGGAAAAAUCACUGAUAUCUUAAAAUCGCAACAACUCGAUGAUCUCACUGAGGGCGUCAUUGUUAAUGCCCUUAGCUUUAGUGCGCCCUGGCAGAAAGCUUUUCGCGCUGAUAAAACCGCAAAACGUGAUUUCAGCGAUGGAAAUAAUCGACAAACUUUCAAAGUCGACACCAUGUGGUCGCUUAACAAUUACAAGUAUGGUGAAUUUAGUAACUUGGAUGCAACAGCUGUUGAGUUGCCCUACCAGAAUGCUGACUAUUCCAUGGUUGUUAUUUUACCAAAUCGCUCAAACGGUUUGCGCAACUUGAUACAAAGCUUGUCUGGCAAGAAUUUGGUAACGUUGUUGGAGGCCGGAAUGACUAUGCAAAAGGUUGAAAUAUAUUUGCCGAAAUUUAGUGUAUCGUUUGGUAUAAAUCUGCAGGAACCUUUUCGAAAGCUGGGCAUCACUACGAUGUUUACACGCGACGGUGACUUUGGUAACAUGUAUCGCAUGUUCGUCAGCCACUACAUUAACAGUGCCAAUCAUAAAGCCUAUGUUGAGGUCACUGAGGACGGCACCGAGCAAUCACUGCAAUCAGGUGGACUUAAAAACAUUUUCUCAGGCACUAAAAAAUUCGAUGCCAAUCAUCCGUUUGUCUUUGCCAUUAAACAUAAAGAUUCCAUUAUACUUAUGGGACAUAUCGCGAAUAAUGUUUAUGUAUAAUCAACACUGGUCAUACGAAUGACUUCUUUCUAUCUUAUCAUACAUUCUUUAAGGCCUUUGAAAAAAAGGAAUUCGAAGGACAGCUUAGAGACAGAUUAGCAAGUAAAGGUGAAAAGCAAUAAUUUAUAAAAAUAAAUAUGAAAAUAAUAAUAAAAAAAUUCGUAUAAAUAACAAAAUACAUUUUUUUGUUCGA